AACUCUACAUCACAGAACAAGGACUUGUUGAACGCGUACACAUUACGUUCUCUGACAGUAGACAGCUUUGUUUGCCAGCUUGAAGCUUCCAUGUUUGAUUAUUCGGUGUAUUAACAUAAGAUCUCGAAAAUAAGGAAUAGAGAAAGUAGCGAAUAUUCCAAACGUUUUCACUUGUGAAAUGUCUCGGAAAUAUUCUGCGAAGAGACUGGAACUAUUUUGGUUGGGCUUCCUGUGAAUUCACGGAACAAGAGCAAAGAAGACAAGAUGUACAAGUUGUGUAAUUUGUCCACAAAAAACAUCAGUUCUUUAACGUUUUACCUCCUGAAUACUACAAGUACUGAUAAUAGCGCAAAAGAAAAUACCUUAUGUAACAUCAAUGCUGGGAUCAACUUUGCUUUGUUUGGAAUAUGUACAAUCAGCUUGAUCUUGACUUGCUGGAAAUUCAACAGCAUAACAGUUCUGAACAUACGAGUCCGUCCUACUGCUAUUUCGAAUAUUCUUUGGAUAUUUUACUUCAGCAUCCUAGGAAUCAGAUCUAUGAUUCUUGGUAUAGCUUAUAUUGAUAAUGGUCACAUAUUGGAAGAAAAUACUGUCAUCCCCAAAAUCUUGUUUCCCACAGAAAAUGUGUUCAAGAUAUUAGAGGUGUUGUUUCUUUCAUGGGCACUAGAAUAUCAGAGAAAACACAGAAGUAGAGGAUUUAUCCAAGAUGAACUUGAACAAUUCAAUGACAGAACUGAUGAAUCAUCAAAAUCGUUUAGACUUUCCAAGAAGGUUCUGAAGACAACAUAUAAUAUAUUUACAGCACAAGCAGUUCUUUGUCUGGCGUCCUUAGCUGUCUUCCUAUUAGAGAAUAAGAAAGACAAGAUAGAAUAUCUGUACUGGACAUUCCAUGGGUGCGUAUGGAGCCUAUGCAUCAGCUGCAUCGUGUUGAUGUUUGUUAUCGUGCUACACAGAACCAUUGAUGAAGGACCCUCAAUACUUACUAAG